AUGACGUCGAUCCCUUUAAGCCCCUUAUUACCUAAAGACAAACUUAUAUGGAGAUGCACAGCAAACGGGCAGUUCUCUGUCCGUAGUGCCUAUCACUUAGCAGUGGAAUGGCAGGAAGAGGAAAGUGGUGGACCAUCAAAUCCGGGAGAAGGAUGUGAUAUGUGGAAGGUUUGCUGGCAAUUAAAUGUUCCUAAUGCUGUCAAGGUGUUUGUAUGGAGGGCUUGUCAUAACAUUUUACCAACAAGAGCCAAUUUGUUCAAGCGUAAGAAGAGUAUAAGCGAACAUCAGGAUUUUGCCCAGUUGUUUGAAGCGAUGAUCGGGCGAUAUGACAAGCACGAAUUGGAGCUCUUUACGGUGGUAGCUAGAAAAGUUUGGAUGAGACGUAAUACAGUAGUGCAUGGGGGGGAUUUCAUCCCUCCAAAUCAAGUGUUUCUGAUGGCAGAGGCUGGUUUGGAGGAUUUUCAGAGGGUCAAUACUCAGGUUUCGGGGUCAACCAGUGAAACUCCACCCGCUCAAACGACAAUUUGGCAGCCACCGCCGGCGAAUAUGGUGAAGGUGAACUGGGAUGCUGCCAUAGAAAAAAAAAUUCCUGUGUCGGGAUUGGAAAAGUAG